UAUGCAUUACUUCAUUGCACUGCAGUCUAUAUAUGGAGGAGCGCAUACUCCUUCCCGGCCGGUGCUUGAUUGAGCUCAAAAAGAAUUAAUGGAGAAGGAAAGGACCAAAACACGUCGCAUGGACGUGGUGCUGGUCCCUUUCGUGGCCUUUGGACACAUGAUGCCCUUUCACCAGCUCGCCGUCGCCUUGGCCAAAGCCGGCGUUCGAGUCUCCUACAUCUCCACCCCCGCCAACAUCCGCCGAUUGCCGGAACCGCCGUCCAACCUCGCGUCCCUGAUCAGCUUCGUCGCUUUCCCAAUGCCGGUCUUGCCAGGCUCAAAUUCAUUGCCUGAGAGCGCCGAGGCCACCGUCGACGUCCCAUUGGAGAAGACCUCCGACCUCACCAUGGCUUUCGAUCUCCUACGACAACCCUUGAAGGAAUUCGUCGCCACCCAUUCGCCGGAUUGGAUUAUAACCGAUUUUCUUCCACACUGGACGGCCGAUGUAGCUAGAGAAUGCGGCGUCCCUCUAGCGACCUUCUCGGCGUUCUCUUCCGCAGCUAAGGUGUACUUCGGCCCGCCGGAGUUCCUCACCGGUGAGGGACUUAAGAGGGUCCGCGCGACCUCGGAAAGCCUGACCUCGCCGCCGCACUGGGUCACCUUCCCUUCUUCCGUGGCUUACCGCAGAUUCGAAGCCACCGGUGCGCUUCACGGGUUCUUCGGACCAAAUCCGUCGGGCAUGGCGGUGGCCGAACGAGUGGCCAAAACUCUUAGCGCAUCCAAAGUGGUGGCGAUACGCGGCUGCAGAGAGCUCGACGGCGAGUAUUUGAGCUUGUAUUCGAAGCUUCUCGGGAAGCCGGUGAUUCCGGUGGGGCUGCUCUCGCCGGAGCCGCCGAAACAAAGAGAAAUCUCGGACGACAAGUGGAGUGAAACCUUCAAAUGGUUGGACGUGCAGAGACCGAAAUCAGUCGUGUUUGUUGGGUUUGGAAGUGAGUGCAAGCUCAACAAAGAAGAUGUUUUCAAGAUAGCUGAAGGGCUCGAGAUUUCGGAGCUUCCAUUUAUCUGGGCACUGGGAAAACCCAGCUGGGCCAUUGAUGAUUCCGAAGCUUUGCCAAAAGGUUUCGCUGAAAGAACCGGUGAGAGAGGCAAAGUGUGCAUCGGCUGGGCGCCACAGAUUCAGAUUCUGGCGCACCCAUCGCUGGGCGGCUCGCUGUUUCACGCCGGCUGGGGAUCCGUCAUCGAAACCCUGCAAUUCGGGCAUGCAAUGGUAGUGUUGCCUCUGAUCAUCGACCAGGGUUUGAACGCGAGGUUUCUGGUGGAAAAGGGUUUGGCCAUAGAAGUAGAGAGAGGAGAAGACGGGAGCUUCAACGGCGGCGACAUAGCCAAGGCUCUGAGACAAGCCAUGGUGGGAAAGGACGGAGAAGAGAUGAGGGCUCGCCUGAAAGAAGCUGCCGCCAUUGCCGGAGACAAGGAGCUGCAGGAUCAGUACGUCGAUGAGUUCGUUCAGAUUCUCAAAGGUGGGGUUAAUUAACGCUCGUCAAAAUUAAUUGAUCGCUAUUAAUGGUUCGUUCCAGCUUCUAGUUGAAUUAGCUUUGCGAGUGCCAGUGAAGGGCUUAAUAAUUAAAAUGGGAUUGGAGGAGUUGUUCGUUUCAUAUUUAAUGCCGAGAGUCUGAGACUAAACGGCAUUAUUAUUUAUUAUUGUCGUCAACGUGGAGUUCAAUAUUUCUCAAAAUGUGUGUUUUAUUUUUAUUUUUUUUAUUGGGUAAGGUUAAUUAUUGUUGGUAAGGUAAUGACU